ACUCACACACACUCCUCCAGCUCAGAGAUUAAAGGAGUUUGUCUCUAGCAGCCUGCAACAAAAGCUGCUCCCAGUUUACAACUUGCCCCACGAGGAAGGGGAUGAGUCAGGUUUGGAACUUUUGCAGCCACUACUUUGGCAAACUGUUGAGUUGUUUGUGGUCUUUUGCCAGCUUGCAGGACCCAGUGUGUUACGGCUUGUGCUAGUGAUGAAAGUGACUUGUUGGAAGCUUGCACUCAUGUCAAAGGUGAAGGAUUAUACCUGGCGCAGGAAUUUUGGUCUUCAGUUUAAAGACAUUUUGAGCAGCAUGUGAGUGUUUUUUGUCCUUUAAUGCAUCUUUGGGGAUAGAGUGCCAUGCUAUUCCUCAGCAGUGGGACAGUGGACACUACCGUUGGGCAUCAAACCACAUUUCACAUCCCUCUGGCCCUGAAGGAAACGCAGGGGAAUGUUCCGGUGUCCAAGCUAGGAAUGGGCCGGGUCACGCAAACCCUGGUAGACGGUUGCCAACCAGGAGAGGAUCUAAUCGUACCAAUGGAGGACUUUCCUAUCCUUUGUAGGACACCCCAGGACCUCGACAGGUGGCCAUCCUUGAGAGCUGGGAGUCUACGCCCAGAGGUGGUUGUGGAGGAAAAUGAGGAAGAGGAGGAGAUAGAGGUAAAAAUGAGGACUGACGCAUUUAUGAGACGGCCCUUCAAGAUAUCAGGUAACUCAGAGCAAAGUAGGAGCACCCAGGAGUGUAUUGCAGGUUCGCAGCAGUACCACGUCAACGUCCACGCCACAGGGGUCGCGUUUGGCAGCCAUGGCACCAUCACAGGACACACGCUGCCUCGGGCGGUGCUACGGAGGUCCCAUCAGGAUGGAGCCUCGCUGGGCAGGAGGAUUAUGAGCAUGUAUGGCGAACCAGAGGAGCAGCAGAGAGAUUCUCAACCUGAACGCCUCCGGAGACCAAGGAGCGUGUGCAUGCUGGCAGGCCCUGGCCCGGUCCUGGUGGAGCAGCGCAAACAAAACUCCCUAAAAAGAACCGAUGAGGUGGAAGGCAGCCAGCUGUACAGGAGCAGGAAAGCUGAGCUGAGAGCUGUGGACGGUCUCAAUCUUGUCGCGCUUCAGCGGGCCCCAGCUCCCGCAGAGGUGAUCCCUAGGGUUUGCCACAGAAGCGUGAAGACGAGGCCGCUUAGCAUGACCGUGCUGGAGCUGAGAAAAAGGGCCUCUGAUGAUGACCUAAGCAGGCAGCAGAGCAGAAACCACACAAGCCUGGACGCAGGGAACUUUCUUAAAGGAGCUUUCCGUUGGAGGCUGUUUGGUAAAAGUGUUCAGGAUAAAAACAGGGAGAGCGACGGAGACAAAUAUGUGAAAUCGUCUCCCAUAAUUAAAUCCGAUUCUCCAAAAAGUACACUGAGCUCAUUGAGACGCAGUCUCAGCAUGCGCAUCCGUAGGACUCGGCCCAGAGACAAAGUCACUACAGGAUCCGAGGGAGAUCCGAAGGAAAACUGUCAAACCAAACCGGCAAUGCCCCCUCAGCCUUUCUCCUACCUCACGGGGAGAACGCUGCCUUCUUCCGCCGAGCAAAUAGAGGACACCGGGGGCAUGCAGUACAUUCAGUACCGUAGCAGGGGUAAAGUCAAGGUGAUGGAGGUCCCCCUGUGCCCAGCAAAACUAGCUAAACCAGCUCAAGAGGAGCCCAGCUUGUGGCAGCUCAUUGCUAACCGCUUCAGGAGGAAAGAGCAGCCUGGCAGCGUAAAAUGCGGAGCGAAAAACACAGGCCUGCAUGUGCUGACUCGGAAUAAUAAGUCACUGCCCGUCGCCAUGGAGACACUGGCCGACAACGAGUCCCAUAAAGGUCAAGACUCUUUUGUCAAUAGCCAAGAAUGGACGCUGAGCCGGUCUGUGCCAGAACUGAAAGUGGGUAUUGUGGGAAAUCUCUCCAGCGGCAAGUCUGCUUUAGUCCACCGCUACUUGACAGGCACGUACGUGCAGGAGGAGUCUCCCGAAGGUGGGCGCUUCAAGAAAGAGAUUGUGGUGGACGGACAGAGCUAUCUUCUACUAAUCAGAGAUGAAGGAGGGCCUCCAGAGCUACAGUUUGCAGCAUGGGUGGACGCGGUGGUCUUUGUCUUCAGCCUGGAGGAUGAGAUCAGCUUCCAGACGGUCUACAACUACUUCUUGCGUUUGUCCAGCUACAGGAACACAGCCGAGGUGCCCAUGGUCCUCGUGGGGACUCAAGAUGCAAUCAGUGCCGCCAACCCCAGAGUGAUCGACGACUCACGGGCCAGAAAGUUGUCCAAUGACCUGAAGCGCUGCACAUACUACGAGACCUGCUCCACCUACGGCCUCAACGUGGAGAGAGUCUUUCAGGAUGUGGCCCAGAAGGUGGUAGCCAUGAGGAAAAAGCAGCAGCUCUCCAUCGGCCCGUGCAAAUCACUGCCCAACUCGCCCAGCCACUCAUCCGUCCCCGCCGCGUCCAUCCCCUCCGUUCACAUUAACCAGGCGGCGAAUGGCGGGUGCGCGUUCAGCGACUACUCCUCCUCCGUCCCGUCCACCCCCAGCAUAAGCCAGCGGGAGAUGCGCAUCGAGACCAUCGCCGCCUCCAACACGCCCACGCCCAUCCGCAAGCAGUCCAAGCGGCGCUCCAACAUUUUCACAUCGCGGAAAGCCAGUGAACAAGCAAAGAGCGUUGAGAGUAAGACAGACAGCAUAGGCAGUGGAAGGGCCAUUCCCAUCAAACAGGGAAUCCUCCUGAAGCGAAGUGGCAAAUCCCUCAACAAGGAGUGGAAGAAGAAAUACGUCACCCUGUGCGAUAACGGCGUCCUCACUUAUCACCCCAGUUUACACGACUACAUGCAGAAUGUGCACGGAAAGGAGAUCGACCUACUCCGGACCACAGUCAAAGUUCCCGGCAAGCGACCCCCGAGAGCGGUGGCCACGGUAGCCCCCACCGCAAGCCCCAAGACCAACGGGCUGACCAAGGAUCGCAGCGCUCUGCAGCUGGGCAUCGGGAGCACAGGCGCUCCUCACUCCAACAGCAGCACGUCUCUUCAGACGGGCGCGUCCGUAUUUGCAGGCAGCAAAGACGGGAUGCACCAGCGCUCCUUCUCCGUGUCCAGUGCUGACCAGUGGAACGACGCCAUCAACACCAGCACGAGCACCGCGCCACCCAAUGGAACAAGUGACCAGUCCAGUUGCGGUGCGGGCAGCGCCACCAGUCCAAAGCUUGAGCCGCCUCCAUCGCCACACGCCAACCGGAAGAAACACAGACGGAAAAAGAGCACGGGCAUCACCAAGCCAGAUGGUUUAUCCGCAGGCAAUGAAGAGCAAGACGAUUCCUUCGAGUUCAUCAUCGUCUCGUUGACCGGACAGACGUGGAACUUUGAAGCGUCAACGUACGAGGAGCGUGAGCUUUGGGUGCAGGCCAUCGAGAGUCAAAUCUUUGCUAGUCUGCAGUCUUGUGAGAGCAUCAAGAACAAGUCUCGAUUAGGCAGCCAAAGCGAUGCCAUGGCCAUUCAAUCCAUACGGAACGUGAGGGGAAACAGUUUCUGUGUGGACUGCGAUGCACCAAAUCCAGACUGGGCCAGUCUGAACCUGGGCGCCCUGAUGUGCAUCGAGUGUUCAGGCAUCCACAGGAACCUGGGCACUCAUCUGUCUCGCGUGCGCUCGCUGGACCUGGACGACUGGCCUGUGGAGCUCAGCAUGGUGAUGACGGCCAUCGGGAACGCUAUGGCCAACAGUAUUUGGGAGGGGGCCCUGGAGGGCUACAGCAGGCCUGGAAGCGACAGCACCAGGGAGGAGAAGGAGCGCUGGAUCCGAGCCAAAUACGAGCAGAAGCUCUUCCUGGUGGGCCUGCCCCAUUCCGACGUGCCCUUGGGCCAGCAGCUCCUGCGGGCGGUGGUGGAGGACGACCUGAGGCUGGUGGUGGUCCUGCUGGCUCACGGCACCAAGGAGGAGGUCAACGAGACGUACGGGGACGGCGACGGACGCACGGCGCUGCAUCUUUCCUGCGCCAUGGCCAACGUGGUCAUCACACAGCUGCUCAUCUGGUACGGCGUGGACGUGAAGAGCCGGGACGCCCGUGGCCAGACGCCGCUGUCCUACGCCAGGCGAGCCGGCAGCCAGGAGUGCGCCGACAUCUUGCUCCAACAUGGCUGCCCCAACGACGCUGGCGGUCUGACGUCGACGCCCGCAGGAGGAAACAUCAGCAACCGCAACGCCAACCCCAACAUCAACAACAACGCUCAGUGCGAGCUGAACCGCAGCAUCAGCAUCAUGUAGACUAACUCCGCCCCCUCGUCUCCACCAUGUACUUUUUGUUCUUGGUCUUGGAGCUUUAAAUGUUUUUUUUCCCUUCCACCUCCGUGUAACUAAUCGUGCGCCAGGAGAAUGAAACGCUCCAAAUAACGACAACAAACACUCAGCGAAUAAUGGCGAGGUGAAUAAAGGAGGUGAUUGGAAGGAAGGCGACGACCGUCCUCGACGUAACGCGCACGUGACCGACUGAAGGAAUGAAGACGCCGCCGAUGUUUUAUGGCCACGCCGUGGCCUCUUCAAUCACCGCUCAUUCACACUUGAUUGAGAGCGUCGGUUUGGUGUCAUUACCACGUCUUUGUCGCCAGACGCCACUUUGUGUCAUGACAGUGAGUCCCAUGUACAAGUGAGUGACCUCAUCAGCUGUGUAUUUUUAGCCUCAUUAAAACCCAACGUAAGCCCCUCCUCUUUGCGUCCACGCCACCUUUCCUGUCAGCCUGCGAAGCAAAAAGAUGCGUUUGAGUGAUUCCCGAUGAGACGUUCAGGUGCAAACGAAGUCAAUGUUGAUUUUUUUUAAAUCUUUUUUUCUUGAAUUUUGAAGGAGGAGGCCACAAAGUUCACACUGUGACCAAUUUGGGCUUUUUCCUCCGCCUUCACCGGCCUCUUGUGAGGGUUACCGUGGCAACUGUUCUUUAACGCACAACAAUUCUUUGGCCUAGUCUGCUUAUCAAGAACAACUUUUUUAUUAUUAUUUCAUCACUAAGGGAGGAAUUUAGUAGGAUCAAAAAUUUUUACAAAAGUAAAAAAAAAAUGCUUGCGUUUGCUUACAAUAUCUGUUGGAUGAAUGCAGCUGGGAAAGGCUCCAGCACCCCCGCCACCCCAAAAGGGACAAGCGGUAGAAAAAUGGAUGGAUGGGUGAAUGAAAAGCACGUAUCAAGUUUCUGUCGUCAAUUAUAUAAAUUAUUGUAUGCUACAAACCUUUUUGGGUAAGAAAUUUAAGUUCAAAUGGUUUUUGUACAUUUGGAUUUUAAACUUUUUAUUUGGAUAACAUUUUUUCCAAAAAGGCCUACUGGAUUGAGAUUUUCUUAUUUAAACGGGGAUAGCAGGUCCAUUCUGUGUGUCAUACUUGAUCAUUUCGCUAUAUUGCCAUAUUUUUGCUGAAAGGAUUUAGUAGAGAACAUCCACGAUAACAUUCGUAACUUAUGGUCGCUAAUAAAAAAGCCUUGCCUGUACCGGAAGUAGCAGACGAUGUGCGCGUGACGUCACCGGUUGUAGGGCUCUUCACAUCCUCACAUUGUUUAUAAUCAGAGCCAGCAGCAGCUAGAGCUAGUCGGACCGAGAAAGCGACAAUUUCCCCAUUAAUUUGAGCGAAGAUAAAAGAUUUGUAGAUGAGGAAAUUUAGAGUGAAGGACUAGAAAAAAAAAAGGCAAUUGCAUUGGGAGCGAUUCAGAUGUUUUUAGACACAUUUACUAGGAUAAUUCUAUAAAAUCCCUUAUCUACCUAUUGUGUUGCUAGUGUUUUAGUGCGUUAAAUAGUACCUAAAAGUCGGAGGGGUGUGGCCACGGGUGUGUUGACCCCAGAGUCUCUGAGGGAAGUCACAAAGCUUCAGCAGGACAGAAGCUCCGCUGAUCUCCUGUAAGAGCCGACUUAUUACCACAAUUUUCUCACCAAAAACUGCCGUUUGACAUUUGGUCAAGAUCCAUGUUUGCUUGACCGCUCUGAUCCAUAGUAAAGCUUCACCUCCGGGAAUUUUAAACAAGGAAACACCGUGUGUUUGUGCGGCUAAAGGCUAAAAGCUUCCCACCUCCAUCUUUCUACUUUCCAGAAUACUGUUUAAUUAUGCGAUUAAAGCAAACUACUUAUAGCUUGGAUCGGACUGGAAAAUAAUGUCCGCUGCAACCCGAGACGUCAAACGCACGCGUCAUCAUACGAGUCAUCAUUCCGCGAUGUUUUCAACACGACACUUCGCGGGGAAUUUUAAAUUGCAAUUUAGUAAACUAAAAAGGCCGUAUUGGCAUGUGUUGCAAUGUUAAUAUUUCGUCAUUGAUAUAUAAACUAUCAGACUGCGUGGUCGGUAGUAGUGGGUUUCAGUAGGCCUUUAAUGCUGCAAUGUUUUCACGUCCCAAAAAUUUUUGGGGGUCAAAUUUCAUUUCGGCUGUUUUUAUUUGGAAAAACAAUUUGGAAUGGAAUUUUUUUUUUUUUUCAAACAGUUAAACAUUUUGUAUCCUGGACACUGAUCAUUGAAGAGUGAGUCAUUUUUCUAUAGCGCUUUUUCUCUAAUGACUCGAAGCGCUUUACAGUAGAAACCCAUUAUCUAGAUGUUGAACUACAAUUAGGCCAGUGUGGGUGACAUGUCUUGCCCAAGGACACAGGUGACUAGGAUGUCAAAAGCUUGAUUCAAACCAGGACGUUUUCUGGCCAGCAGUUCUACCACCAAUGUAAGAUACAAAAAUCGUCUAAAUUUUUAACAUUUUAUUUGGAUUUUUGUUCUUGUUCAUAAAAAAAUGUUGAAACAGAACAUUUAAAUUCCAGAUUUUUAACUGAACAUUAAGGAACUGAAAACCUCAGAAAAUCCAAUUUCAUGGCGAUAUUUGAAUUAAAUAAACCCUUUUUUGUUUGUUUUAAAAUGUGCCGUAUACAAUAAAAAUCGAAAAACGUGCCAAAUUAUGUUUUUUGAUUAGCGUUUCAGAAUUGGAAAUAGAAUGAACGGAAGGUACACGGACUGAAGAUGUUAGCGUUAUGCUAAAAACAUGCUAAACGCAAAGGAAAAGCUAAAAUCCUGCUUCCAGUUCAAUUUGUCAUCACACAGAUAAGCACGCAUUUUUGCAUUUUGGAUGAACAUUUAUUAGAUUUUUGUGUUUAUCUGGAAAAAAAAAAUCCUUAAAAGCAAAACAGCACAAAAUCCAAUUUCAAGGCAAUAUGUUAAUGAAAAUCAACCCUUUUUUGUUUGUUUUAAAAUCUGCGGUAUUUAAUAAAAAUCGAAAAACGGCCCUUAUUUUGUUUAUUGAGUGUUAGUGUUAUGCUAAAAAACAUACUAAACGCAAAGGAAAAGCUAAAAUACUGCUUCCGGUUCAAUUUGUCAUCACACAGAUAAACACGCAUUUUUGCAUUUUGGAUUAACCUAUAUUAAAUUUUUGUGUUUAUCUGCAAAAAAUAAAAUCCAUCCAUCCAUCCAUCCAUCAUCUACUGCUUAUCCGAGGUCGGGUCGCGGGGGCAGCAGCCUAAGCAGGGAAGCCCAGACUUCCCUAUCUCCAGCCACUUCGUCUAGCUCUUCCCAUAAAAGGAAAACAUCACAAAAUCCAAUUUCAUGGCAAUAUUUCAAUGAAAAUCAACCACAAUCUGCCAUAUAUAAUAAAAAUUGAAAAAUGGCCCUAAUUUGUUUUUCUGAUUUGCGUAUCAGAAUUGAAACAGAAAAUAGAAUUUUCUGGUUCAAAAAUGCUGAAACAGAAAGUUUUAAUUCCAGAUUUUUAACACAACCUUAAGGAACUGAAAACCUCAGAAAAUUCAAUUUCAUGGCAAUAUUUGAAUGAAAUAAACCCUUUUUUGUUUGUUUUAAAAUCUGCCGUUUAUAAUAAAAGUCAAAAACGUCCCUAAUUUUUUUUGUUGAUUUGCGUUUCAGAAUUGGAAAUAGAAUGAACGGAAGGUACACGGACUGAAGAUGUUAGCGUUAUGCUAAAAACAUGCUAAACGCAAAGGGAAAGCUAAAAUACUGCCCCCGGUUCAAUUUGUCAUCACACACAUAAACACACAUUUUUGCAUUUUGGAUGAACAUUUAUUAGAUUUUUGUGUUUAUCUGGAAAAAUACAAAUCCUUUAAAGGAAAACAGCGCAAAAUCAAAUUUUAUGGCAAUAUUUGAAUGAAAAUCAACCACAAUCUGCCAUAUAUAAUAAAAAUUGAAAAAUGGCCCUAAUUAGUUUUUUUGAUUUGUGUAUCAGAAUUAAGAAAUAGAAUGAACACACACGGACCCAAAAAGUUUGUUUUUUUGGUUAAAAGUUAUAUAAAUAAAUAUGUAUCUCAAAUAAACCUACCGCCCGAAUCCAGCUGAGAUAGGCUCCAGCACCCCCCGCAACUCCAAAAGGGACAAGCGGUAGAAAAUGGAUGGAUGUAAGUUUUCGCUUCAUAUUUUAAAAAAUGGUUUAUCCAUACCAUCUAUUUUCUACCACUUGUCCCAAUUUUUGAAUAUUUCAUUUUUUUAUCCUGACAGUUUCGUAUCUGAAAACGGAAAUUCCAAGAUAGAUGUUUUCUUAUUGUCCAAGCCGAACCAUUUUAGUCCGAUUAAUUAUUUCCUUUCUUGGCCAAAUAAGAAUUUUGUGACUGAAUUUGAAAGUGAAAUAAGUUAUAAAACAAACCCUGUUGAUGAAAGUGACGAUACGUGCUUUUUUUCCAUCGGACCGCAGUGAUAACAAGCCGGUGUGUUCCAAAGACCCAAACAGGCCAUGCAUGGGGUGAUUUGGUCAUUUCAGCCAACUGCUGCUUUAACAGUGACUUUCGUGUCUCCCAAGCAGAAUUGAGGAGACUUUAGUCAGUGAGCGUUGCCACAAAGAUUCCAUGUUUGCAGCCACGGACUCCAGCAGAUUGCAUUGUUAGACGUACUGUAACUUUGUACUGUAAUACUGGCCUUAUUGUUAUUUAGGACUUGUUUAUUCCAAAUAGUGUAGUCAGCGUAGUUGUCCCCCCUCAACAUUGAAGUCUUGUAAAUAUUUGAUGGAACAAAACUGCUUUUGGCUGAAAAAGCCCCUUGAACCACAAGCCAUAUUUUCAUAUGUUGCUUUUGUUUGUUUCUCCAUUUUUUAUUGGAACGGUACUUGCCAUGUUUUGGCCCCAACACGGCCAUCUUUGCUACUUGUGUAUAAUGAUGUACAUUCGACAUAUUUAUAAUGCAGUAUGUAAAUAUUUUUAUUUGGGUUUGUUUCUUGUCGGUUUUUCUUUAUUUCUUUAUGACGUUGAAGCAAAAAGCGAAAGAGUAAAACUUGUUGUGUGCUUGGCUGACUGUUGACUCAUUAAUAAACAUUCAAUAAAACCAUGCAGCCUUCCCCUCCUUCAGGGGAAAACAAGUA